AUGACUCUGACGAACUCCCUCGACGGCCAAGGCGGAAGCGAAGGCAAAGGCGUCGUCAAAGGAGACACAUUCCCAGCCGCAGCCUCAGGCUCAAGCGCAGCACCAGCACCAUCCCCAUCCCCAUCGCCGCCGCGCAGCAAAAAACUCACACUUCCCGAAGAAAUCACCUCCAGAGUGAUCAGCUACAUCGUGAGGGACGGGCUGUGCAUCUCGACCGACGCGCGUCACGACAUCGACGUGGCGACGAUCCGCUGUCUCAUGAGGACGAGCGUGUCGGUCAGACGCGAAACCCUGCGCCAGGUGUUCCGCCAGCCGCUGCGCUUCUGGCUCAGCGGCGUCAAAUCGUGCGAUUGCCAGCCACUACUGGAAAGCAUCGGGCACAAGGAGUGUCGCUGCACGCUGCUCCUGGAGAAGAUUGCGCGGAUGCCGCUCAUGAGGUGGCGCAGGGUCGUUGUGCAUUUCGUCCCGGUGGUGUCUGCGUGGGGGUUGGGUGAUGGGGUUGCCACCCUCCGAGGGGAUUCACAGCAGACUGAUGACGAUGGAGGAGGAGGAGGAGGAGAGAAAGAAGCAAAAGAAAAAGAGGUAUCCGCUCGCAGCGAGUUCCUCGUCGGCGCGCAGCGCGUCAAGCACUACUCGCGAAGUCUCGCGACGACGCUCUACUUUGUGUUCAAACAGUGGGCCGGGCUGGACUGCGACGCCGCGUGUUGCGGAGCCAUCGAGAUGACGCGCCGCCGCUACUACGGCCCCGUCUCCGUCACCGCCGACGCCAACGCCAACGGCGGUAGCGGAGACAGAGAGGCCGAUCAUCCACCACAAAUGCCCCUGUGGACGAUGAACAUGGUCGAGAGCCUGCUGAUGCCGUGGUGGCGGAUCGCGGCCAAACGGGCUCCCGCGCGCCAGAUCCAGCUACCGGAGACGAUCGCCGCGGCCUUCACCACGGCGCGGCGGGACCUCCUCGUCGCGGCCGGGUUCCCGCACAAACCGGCCGCGGUGGCGGAGCACCUGCGGCGCAACUUUGCCGAGUUUUGGUCCUUCAAGCUCGAGCCGGUGCCGCGCUUAGACGUGGGCAGCCUGUGGCUUUGCGUCGUCGCCGUCGACGGCUCCCGCGACUGGUACCUGGACCCGGCGCCGCUGAAGACGGCGCCCACGAAAUGGACCAUUCGCGGCAUUCCUGUGCUUCGGAUUGAUGUGGUCGGGGGGUCUGGGUCAGAAGAGGAUGUGGACAAGGGCUCUGCCGGCGGCGACUGCGGGUCGUGGACAGGACGGUUCCUGGCUUCUGAUGGCUAA